CCUUGAACUCAAGCUGCAUCAUCCCUUAAUUCCUUCUCAAAAUAACAACUCGUUAAGACCCCCGGUUCGGGUAUAACAUCUGGUAUCAGAGCUUCUUGUUCCUACAUCCCAAAGGACCAAGAACACACUUCCAUUCUUUCUCCUUUCCUUCAUCAUCAUUCCGACCAACCCCCAGCCAUAAAAACCACAACCACCUUCCUUUUAGAACCAUGUCUCACAUCCUUCAAAGCUUGCUCUAUGAAGACAUUGCUGCUGACCAAAUGAAGCUAAAGAAAGAUCUUGAUCUUUUGAUGUCAAAGAUUGGAGAGUUCACCAAUUCGAAGGAUAUUCCGACCUUUGAGGGAAGAAACGAUCCGGAGAAGUUCCUACGGUGGCUCAAGAAGGUUGAACAUAUCCUAAUCCUCAAGGAUAUGCCCGAAGGCAAAAUGGUCAAGCUCGUAGCAUCCCGUGUCCAACGAAAUGCUUCCACUUGGUGGACAAAUAUUUCCACUCAGAGAAAGUUCGAAGGAAAACCCAAAGUGCAAACUUGGGAGAAAAUGAGGAAGCUGUUGAUCAAGAGAUUUUUGCCAAGAGAUUACCAUCACAUGGUUCCCUCAAGCCCCUUUAAAACUCAUACCUCAACCAUACCUUUGUCUCCACAAAAACCACACCAUGAAGCCCCUCCAAAAACACCAAGAGCAAGCACCCUACGUAUGUUCCCAACCCUCUCCAUUCCUCCCCUCACACCUACACCUCAAGCUUCAAUUGAAAACCAACCCCUCUCUUCCCUGAGCCCUGCCCCAAUGGUCUCAAACCACAGCCCCACGCCCCUACCCCAAAUCCCCUCUAAAACUACACCUCCUCCCUCCUUAACUCCUACCCAAGAUACUUCCCAGUUCACUCCCACUCCCGCGGUUCGACAGCAACCCAAAACCAUACCUUUACCUCUCCUAACCACUGCCCAUCACACCCCCAACUCCUGUCCAACACCCCCACCCCAAUCCCUCCCCAAAGUCGUGUCUUUAAGCCUACCACAAACCCCCAAGAGUACCCUUGGAGAGUCAUCUUUCUUCAUGGUUCAAACCCCCACCUUUGCUCCCCAAUUUUCUAAGUCCGAUCUACCUUACUCUCAAACUACCGAAACCAUGCAGCCCACUACCCCAAAGAUCAUUUGGGAUGAAUAUGAUGACGAGGACUAUAAUCCCAUUUGGGAUGACGAACUUGUCAAAAAGAAGGAAGAAGUGUUUGAAGACGCAGAGGAUAACCCGUUUUGGGUUACAGAGAUGAAAGAAGAAGAUCAAGAAGAGAAGACCCACAAAGAAGCCGUCACUCCUGACGCGGAAAUCUCUGCUCGAGACCUAUCUUCGUUAACAGUACUUUGUACCAAACGUGUUGAGUUUUUGCAGGUCCCGUAUGAAGAAAAGAUUGAGGAGAAUUGUGACUCGAAAUGGCCCAUUUAGCCCGGCGACCUACCGCUGACCACCGUACCGCUGUUGUGCCGCCGCCGCGGGGAUCGCCGGAAACAGCCCGACCAAUUGAUUCUUGUUUUGUUUAAUUUGUCUAAGUAAUCGAGGUAACAGGAACGAUGGAUAAUGAGACGGUCUUGGAGGCAGCGAGGGCGAAGAGAUGGAUGGAUGCUAGCUAGAGGAGUUAUCUUAUUUAAUAUUUAAGUUUGAAUUAUUAUAUUCUUAAGGGCAGAACCCAAAGUUGUAUUUUGAUUAAGUACUUAAAGGCUUCCGCACCGUUUUGAUUUACUCUGAUGGAUAUUUAAAUAUUGUUUUGAAUUAAAUGUUUUAAAUUGUU